AUGCCUUCUGAGCACCACCGAGUUCGUCGCGGCUACGGCGGUGGGGGCUCAAGUGGUGGUGGUGGUCAAGGAGGCGGUGGCGGUGGCGGCCAUGGUGGUGGUGGCGGCCACGGUGGUGGUAGCGGCGGCGGGUCCGGCGGCGGCGGUGGUUUCGGCGGAGGCCACGGAGGCGGUGGCAGUCAUGGCGGUGGUGGCAGCCAUGACGGUGGUGGCAGCCAUGGCGGUGGAUUAGGCGGCGGAAGCGGCGGUGGUGGCGGCCACGGAGGCGGCGGUGGCGGCGGCCAAGGUGGUGGCAGUCACGGCGGUGGUAGCCACGGAGGCGGUCUAGGCGGAGGAAACGGCGGCGGUUUCGGCGGCGGCCAUGGAAAUCAUGGAGGCCAUGGAGGAAGCAGUGGUGCUGAGCUCCACCGAGUUCGUCGCGGCUACGGCGGUGGGGGCUCAAGUGGUGGUGGUGGUCAAGGAGGGGGCGGCGGUGGUGGCCAUGGUGGCGGUGGCGGCGGCUUCGGCGGCGGUAGUGGAGGAGGCGGUGGCUUCGGCGGUGGUAGCGGCGGAGGCCACGGAGGCGGUGGUAGCGGCGGAGGCCACGGAGGCGGUGGCAGCCAUGGUGGCGGUGGCGGCUACGGAGGCGGCAAUGGCGGCGGCCAAGGUGGUGGUAGUCACGGCGGUGCUGAGCUCCACCGAGUUCGUCGCGGCUACGGCGGUGGGGGCUCAAGUGGUGGUGGUGGUCAAGGAGGGGGCGGCGGUGGUGGCCAUGGUGGCGGUGGCGGCGGCUUCGGCGGCGGUAGUGGAGGAGGCGGUGGCUUCGGCGGUGGUAGCGGCGGAGGCCACGGAGGCGGUGGUAGCGGCGGAGGCCACGGAGGCGGUGGUAGCGGCGGAGGCCACGGAGGCGGUGGUAGCCAUGGCGGCGGUGGCAGCCAUAGCGGAGGCCACGGAGGCGGUGCUGAGCUCCACCGAGUUCGUCGCGGCUACGGCGGUGGGGGCUCAAGUGGUGGUGGUGGUCAAGGAGGGGGCGGCGGUGGUGGCCAUGGUGGCGGUGGCGGCGGCUUCGGCGGCGGUAGUGGAGGAGGCGGUGGCUUCGGCGGUGGUAGCGGCGGAGGCCACGGAGGCGGUGGUAGCGGCGGGGGCCACGGAGGCGGUGGUAGCGGCGGAGGCCACGGAGGCGGUGGUAGCGGCGGAGGCCACGGAGGCGGUGGUACUGGCGGCGGCCAUGGAGGAAGCAGUGGUGGUAGCCACGGAGGAUCCUACGGCGGAAGUCACGGAGGUGGCCAUGGUGGAGGAUCCGGAGGUGGCUACGGAAAAUAG